UGUCCACAUUGCCAUGUGCUUCUGUUGUCCACUGAAUCUGACUCGUUCUGCUAUGGAAAUGGCGCGCAGGCUCUACCUCCUUUACACCCACUGCCUGUUCACAUGCGGAUGCUGCUGAAUGAGAACAUACGCCUGAAACACAUCAUAGAAUUCUGUCAUGUAGUGAACAAUUUCUUCUCUUUUGCAGGCAUCGGCGUAAGCGGCGGUUUCCAGCACUUUAACUCUGGUCCGACUAUCGGACCUCCAGCAGUAGCCAUCACUGGACGAACUUAUCAU